AUGGCUCGAACCAGCGAUUAUAUGGAUAUCGACUCUCCCAGCUAUCACCAACCGCAUCAUUGCGAUAGCCUUGGCACUAAAAUGGAUUUCGAUGACCAGCCAACGGGUCUAUGCGUUUGCCGGCGGAAAUCGCGCUCUACUAGUCAAAGUAGUACCGGCAAACGAAGCCGCUCAGACGAGGACGAAGAGAGUGCCCAUUCCUCUUCGUGUCCCAGCAGCUGCCGCCGCAAUGAUCGCAAAUUAGGUUCUCAAUCGCACGUCUCAAGUCCUAUGGAAUUGUCGCGGAUUGGGUCGUCUCACGCUAAUCGAUCAUUUGGUGCUACCACACGUCUAUAUGGCGAACCGUCCCGCUCCUUUUCACCAUUCGAGCCGCCUUCUUCCCCGAGUGAAAUCAUCAGUCCUAGUGUGAAAGCGGCUGCCAAGAUAAUUGGUCGCAAGGUUUCUGAACGCUCUUUAUCCGGCUUCCGUUUCCCUGCUUCCAAGUCUCACAUCCCCUCCGUAAACUUGCCUCCAUCCACUCGUCUUCAGCCUUACGGCCCCAGUAACAUGGGAGCAGCAAAUAGACAUGGAACUGCCCUUCGGCGCCCUAUACUGGGUGUCGUGCAGAGCAGCGCGACGCUCUUCAGCCGCCACCAAUCGACCUCGACUGCCAACACGGGUUCGAACCGUCCGCGAGAUGUGUUUGGAAGACCGGCUUCCAAGAGCCGCCGUGCCAUCAGUUUUGCAGCGACCGAGGGAGACCUCAAUUUCAUGCUACAGGGUGAUAGCAUGGUGACCGACCCAGAUGAAGAUGACGAAGAAUCGGAGCUCGACAUCAGUUUAGGUUUCGACUGCUCUCCCGCUGCCCGCAUCUCUCAUAAGGCGUCUCGCCCACCUCUCGUCAGUAGCACUUGGCCCAAGUACACCGAAAGCCCAAUCCGUCCAAACAGGAGCACCAGCCACAAUGAUUACAGACUUAACCCCGCUCGUAAAACAUCUGGAGCUGGUACCUUGACCUCCCUGGCUCCUCCAACCUUUGAUAUCACCAUGGCUUCCCAAAGUCCUAAAAGACCUCUCGUUGCCACUUUGGGCUCGAACGUUGAGAGCCCAGUGGGUAUGGCGUUUAGUGAGAAAGAACGUGCUGGAAAGAUCCUGCCCUGUCACAAGGUAUCCAACGACGGUUUAAUGCGUAUCUCCCCCGACACCAUGGACCGACUUUUAGAAGGGCUCUAUGAUCAAAGCAUAUCUCAAAAGAUCGUCAUCGACUGUCGGUUUGGAUACGAAUACGAAGGUGGGCACAUUCGAACAGCCAUCAAUAUUCAAGACAAGAAACUCGCAGACAACAUGCUCUUGCAAGGAGAAAUUUUCAGAGGCGGAAAAAAUGAUGUUCCUCCGCCGAGCGAAUCCGGAAAAACAGAUUCGACUGGGCAAAAUAAGAAAGUGGUGCUUGUGUUCCAUUGCGAAUACUCCGCCAAGAGGGCGCCGACUGUGUAA